CGUAGUCCAUAGGCAGGUUGAAAUUCGCAACAGCGUUCCUAUCGAGAUCCCCUGCAAUCCCAGUGCCAGAUGCUCGGAAUCUAGACCCCGCUCCGGCUGCCUGCCGCGGACUUGCUCCACCACUAAGUUACCCUUGAUUUACGAAGAUCAAGCACUUUAUCGUGCACUGACCACGCAGAACAUGCGAAGAGCCCUUUCCGACUCCUGACCGACACCCGUCCGACAUUCCCCUUCAUUCUAAACAUUCUUUGUGCUCAUGCCAGCAGUCACUCCUUUUAGUACCCUCUGAGAGGGUUGGCUUUCGGUCUUUAAAAUAUCGUGGCAGCAUAAGCCACCCAAACGUCCAAGGGUUCCAUACUGCGCCCAGCGUCGACCCCGAGAUGGCGCGGCGGCAACACAUUACGCUGACGCUAGUCGGCGUCUUGCUAUUCAUAACUCUGACCUACUUUAUGUCUAGCGGCUCAAACAGCCAGUAUGUCAAGGCGGACGAGUCCUGGAUCAGCACCGGCCAUACCAGUAGCCCCGGAACUAGCGGAAGUGGCGCUGUGCCCGGCAUUUCAGAGAGCAUCCUAACCGGCGGGUCAAUCGCGCCCAAGCUCGAGAACGCGACGAUCAAAGCCGAGCUCGGCCGAGCGUCCUGGAAGCUCCUGCAUACCAUGAUGGCGCGCUUUCCCGAGCAGCCGACGCCGGACGACAGGCUUGCACUCCAAACGUAUAUACAGCUCUUUGCGCGCUUAUACCCCUGCGGCGAUUGUGCCGCCCACUUCCAGAAACUCCUGGCGAAGUAUCCCCCGCAGACCAGCAGCAGGAAUGCCGCUGCCGGCUGGGCGUGCUAUGUACAUAACCAGGUCAACAAGCGGCUUAAGAAACCCGAGUUUGACUGCAACAACAUUGGCGACUUUUACGACUGCGGUUGCGGCGACGAGAAAAAGAACAACGGCGGAGACUUGAAGGAGAGGGCGGGUGUCAGUCUUGAAAGGGAGGAAGGAUUGAUCAGAGGGGGCUGAGUAUUGUCUCUUGGGUUGAUGAUGUCCUGGGCAUCCUGAUAUGAAUAUUGAUUUGCCAUAUGUCUAAGAUGAAGCUGCAUCUGUUUCAUUGCACCCGAGUUCCAUCCGUUCGGCCACGGACCGGCGUGCCAGUAGCGCGACGCUGAUGCCUAUCAAGGUUGUUUUAAAGCACAGUACCUCGAGAUCCUGCAUAAUCAUAGGUAACGCAUUCCAUCUCAACUAACGACAGUCGGGCCCUUGCCAACAGGGCGUACCGCUGCUGGUGUUCUGCUACCUCACCGAGUGCCCUCGUUAUCGAUAAUAUAGAUAAGAUAACUCAAUUUUUGAUGAUAAGAACGCUUGUAUCACCUUCACGUGACCCACCUCAGCCUGGGCCCCGGGGCCCAGGCGAGGCGCAUGCGUGUGUCUAAGCUGCCUUGAGCUUCCAACCCAAGCUCAACCCCAAGCUCGACGACAAGUAACCACAGUACUCCUCGGAACCCCCAAAUUACUCCCAGGC